CAUACCAGAACAUCUAAGGACAUUUUCGCUUUAUUCUCCGAGAAACAGCGAUUCAUUACGUACUAUCCCCUCUAGUCUCAUUGAAGCCCAUAAGCACAUUGUUGUAUACGAUCUCACAUACGAUCCUACUUUUGGUCGCGAUUUGAAGUUUAUAAUCUAGAGCAACCGGUAGUGUCGAGAUUCGGUGGUAGCCUAGAUUGCUCUGCCAAACAUGUCAGUCAUGCUACAAACACCGUCGAGGGCCUCUACGGCCUCAUCUUCAUCAUUCCAGCCCAUAUCGCGCCAGAACACCAUGUCCUCAUACGACGGGACACGAUCAGCGCGGCAGAGUAAGAGGUAUUCUAUGUCCGCGCUGUAUAUGUCCAUGUCCGCAAAUGAAACUGAGCUCGAGAUCGAUGAUGAACUGGCCAAAGCGCAGAAAAUACUUCGAGACUUGAAGUCAAAGAUCUCUUCGCAAUCUAAGAAAAACUUUGUCCUUGAAAAAGAUGUACGGUACUUGGACUCUCGUAUUGCGCUGCUAAUUCAAAAUCGUAUGGCCUUAGAAGAGCAAAACGAAGUGGCUAGCCAUCUUGAGGAUGCUCUUGAGCUAGAGGAGGGCGCGUUUCCCAAUGACGAGAAGACUCAAAAAUACGGCAAUCUUAUGUUCUUGCUGCAAACCGAACCAAAACACAUCGCACAUCUCUGCAGGCUUGUAUCAAUGGCGGAAAUUGAUUCUCUACUUCAAACUGUCAUGUUCACAGUUUAUGGUAAUCAAUAUGAAAGCCGUGAAGAGCACUUGCUUUUGACGAUGUUUCAGUCUGUGUUGACAUAUCAGUUCGAUACCACUCCCGAAUAUUCAUCCCUUCUCCGUGCCAACACACCCGUUUCUCGAAUGAUGACUACAUACACUAGGCGUGGACCCGGCCAGAGUUUCCUGCGAACGGUAUUAGCUGAGAGGAUCAAUAACCUCAUUGAACUACAGGAUCUAGAUUUAGAGAUCAACCCUCUCAAGGUGUACGAACGCAUGUGCCAACAGAUUGAGGAGGACACUGGGAGCCUACCGGCAUCCCUGCCUAAAGGCAUUACUGGAGAGCAAGCGGCUGAUAACCCCCAAGUGCAGGCUAUCAUCGAGCCGCGGUUGACAAUGCUAAUAGAUAUUGCGAAUGGCUUCCUGGCAACGAUUAUCGACGGACUUGAUGAAGCGCCAUAUGGUAUUCGUUGGAUCUGCAAACAAAUCCGAAGUUUGACUAAGCGCAAAUACCCGGAAGCGAAUGAUCAGGUGAUUUGUACUUUGAUAGGAGGCUUUUUCUUCCUACGGUUCAUCAACCCUGCUGUUGUUACGCCCAAAUCAUAUAUGCUGAUUGAUGGAAUGCCUGCUGAACGGCCACGGCGGACGCUGACUCUAAUCGCCAAAAUGCUACAGAAUCUUGCCAACAAACCUUCAUACGCCAAGGAACCUUACAUGGCCAAGCUAUCCCCCUUCAUCCAGCAGAACAAGGACCGGGUAAAUAAGUUCAUGUUGGAUCUCUGCGAAGUGCAGGAUUUCUACGAAACUUUAGAAAUGGACAAGUAUGUGGCGCUCACUAAGAACAACCUGGAGCUCUCGAUCACACUCAACGAAAUCUACGCCAUGCACGGUCUCAUUGAAAAGCACAAUGGGGAACUCUGUAAGGAUGAGAACUCCCAUCUAGCUUUGAUUAUGUCGGAGUUGGGACAUGCACCUGCGCAAGUCCCGAGGAAAGAGAACAGAGCCAUCAAUCUGCCCUUGUUUAGCCGUUGGGAACAGACCUUUGAGAACAUGACACAGAAUAUGGAUAUCACACAAGAGGAAAUUUUCUUCUUGGAGGCCAAAAACAUAUUCGUUCAGAUUAUUCGGUCCUUUCCCAACAAUGCUGCUGUUGCACGGAAGCCCUUGCGCUUGGAGAAAAUAGCAGACGCCGCCGCUACCUCACGUAAUGAUGCUGUUAUGGUGCGCAAAGGCAUCCGAGCAAUGGAAUUGUUGAGCCAGCUUCAAGAGAUGGGAUCCAUCAACAAGUCUGAUCAAUUUGGCUCCCUGCGUGACGAAGUUGAACAGGAGUUGUCGCACCUGGGGUCGCUCAAGGAAGGUGUUCAUCAGGAAACCCAGAAGCUUGAAGAAGUGUAUAAGACAAUUCGUGACCACAACGCGUACCUCGUAGGUCAACUGGAGACCUACAAGAGCUACUUGCAUAACGUACGAAGCCAAUCUGAAGGGACACGACGAAAACAGCAGAAGCACCAAGUGCUGGGACCGUACAAGUUUACCCAUCAGCAAUUAGAAAAAGAAGGCGUGAUUCAGAAGAGCAAUGUUCCCGACAAUAGGAGAGCGAACAUCUACUUUAAUUUCACGAGUCCCCUACCAGGCACGUUUGUCAUCUCAUUACAUUAUAAAGGACGCAGCAGGGGCUUGCUUGAGCUCGAUCUAAAGCUUGACGACCUUCUUGAGAUGCAAAAGGAUAACCAGGAUGAUCUUGACCUUGAAUAUGUCCAGUUUAAUGUCACAAAGGUCCUUGCUCUCCUGAACAAACGAUUUGCGAGGAAAAAAGGCUGGUAAAUCACUCAUGCGGGCAUGAGCUUGUCAUGAGGCUUUCCGAGAUCGAUGUAUACAACGACUUCCAUUAUUUUCUAUCAUCCGAUAUGGCGUGGCGUUGAAGGCUUACGACUUGAUACCACUUUCAUUUGAUAUAUCGAGCCGUUGGCUCCCAUUGACUCUUUAUGUCUACAAAACCA